GGGGAUGAAAACCUCCAGCCAUGCUGGUGGGCACGUGAUGAGGAAGAUCAAGUCUCGAACCUGGAAGAAGCAGCGCUAUUUCAAGUUGCAGGAUGACUGCAUGACAAUCUGGUACAAGUCCAAGAAAGCUGGGAAAGCUCACUCCACAUUUUCAGUGAGCGAUGUGGAGGUGGUCCGUGAAGGCCACCAGUCUGAGGUGCUGCUCAGUACUGCCGAUGAGUUUCCUGCUGACAGAUGCUUCACAGUGGUCUUUCGGGGCCGCAGGAGUAAUCUGGAUCUGGUAGCUGACUCAGCAGAGGAAGCGCAGUCCUGGAUAAGUGGGAUAAGGAAGCUGAUUGAGAACCUGGAAAACAUGGGUGAGAGGGAAAGACUGGACCAAUGGAUUGGCGACUGGUUCAAGAAGGCAGACAAGAACAACGAUGGCAGGAUGAACUUCAAGGAAGUACAAGAUCUGCUGAAGAUGAUGAAUGUGGACAUGAAUGAGCACCAUGCACAUCACCUCUUUACAAUGGCUGACAAGUCACAGACAGGUACACUAGAAGGCGAUGAGUUUGUGCUCUUCUACAAGAUGCUAACCCAACGGGACGAUGUACUAAGGGUUUUCCAAGAGUACUCUAGUGAUGGCCAGAAAUUAUGUCAAGAGAGCCUGGAGGAUUUUCUGAAAGAAGAACAGCUGGAGGAUGAUGAUAUCCAGCAGCAUGCUAAGCAGCUCAUUGAGUGCUAUGAACCCUCUGAUACAGCUAAACAGUUGCAUGCUAUGACAUUUGAUGGCUUCUUAAUGUACCUGGGCUCAGUUGAGGGCUCAAUCUUCAACCCACAGCAGCGGUGUGUCUUCCAGGAGAUGAGCCACCCGCUUUGUCAUUACUUCAUUUGCUCUUCCCACAACACCUACCUAAUGGAGGACCAGCUGCGGGGACACAGCAGUGUUGAAGGUUACAUCAGAGCUCUGAAUCGUGGCUGCCGGUGUGUGGAAGUGGACUGUUGGGAUGGUGCCAAUGGAGAGCCUAUUGUCUAUCACGGACACACUUUCACUUCCAAGAUACUCUUCAAGGAUGUGGUCAGUGCUGUGGCCAAGUAUGCCUUCAAGGUAUCAGAAUAUCCAGUCAUCUUGUCCAUUGAGAACCAUUGCAGUGUUGAGCAGCAGAGAGUCAUGGCCCAACACCUUAACUGCAUCCUCGGUGAGAAGCUGCUGAAAACUGCAUUAGAUGGUCGGGCCCUCAUUGGGCUGCCGUCUCCUGAGGAUCUGAAAGGAAAAAUUCUGCUGAAAGCAAAGAAGAUUGGUGGUUUGGAGGACAGUUUCAGCAGUAUGGUGGAGAACUCUCUGAAUGGAGAGGUCAGCGAUGAAGAUGAGAUUGGUGAGAUGGAUGAUGACAUCUUGCACCGUGAGAGCGUCCGUCACAGGGUGAAGAAGUCAAAGCAGCGUCUCUCCAAAGAGCUCUCAGACUGCGUCAUUUACUGUAAAAGUGUCCGCUUCAACAGCUUCAAACACUCUCGCCUACACUCUAAGUUCUAUGAGGUGGCCUCUUUCACAGAGUCCAAAGCCCGCAAACACCUGAGAGAGGCGGGGGCAGAGUUUGUGCACCACAAUUCCCGGCAACUGACCAGGGUGUAUCCCAGUGGGUUCCGAACUGACUCCUCAAAUUUCAACCCACAGGAAAUGUGGAAUGCUGGGUGCCAAAUUGUUGCAUUGAAUUUCCAAACUGCUGGGGAGGGGAUGGAUCUCAAUGAUGGACUGUUUAGUCAAAACGGUCGCUGCGGCUACAUAUUAAAACCUAGCUUCAUGAGAGAAGCUGAGAAGCGAUUUGAUCCAGAGACACCCCAUAAACGCAAUGGAUACAAACCUCUUAUUCUCACCAUACAGGUGAUCAGUGGGCAGCAGCUGCCCAAAGUGAACAUCAAGGAGGGAUCCAUUGUGGAUCCUUUGGUUAGAGUGGAGAUCCAUGGAGUUCCCAUGGACCACUCUAAGCAGGAGACAAGAUACAUUGAGAACAACGGAUUCAACCCGGUGUGGUAUGACACCCUGCGUUUCACCAUUCACGCUCCUGAGCUAGCCAUGGUUCGCUUUGUGGUGGAAGAUUAUGACAAAACAUCAAAAAAUGACUUUGUGGGGCAGUACACACUUCCUUUCAGCUGCAUUCAGCAAGGUUAUCGGCACAUUCACCUGUUGUCCAAAGAUGGAACCAGUAUUCCUCCCUCCUCCUUGUUUGUACACAUCAGGAUCACAGAAGCCAAUUGAACCAGGCUUCUGAGAAAAAUAAUGCAUCCUUCAAAACACAGAUUAGGGUAGAAUUCAUUUGUGCUAGAAAGACAAAACACCCCAUUUUGAAAAAGUGUGAAAACAUUUCCUGUCUCCACCCCUUUAUCCAAAUCUGCCAACUGUUUUGUAUUUGAGACCAGACCCAACAUCUUCAACAAAGUCAUUUUUCACAUCAUAAUGUUUCAGACUGACAUUCUCAAUGCAGUCCAGCCCUACAUCUCCCUACUCAGCUUCUUUUCAUUUGUUUUCCUUUUCUCUAUCUAUUCACCUCCAUUUCAUCCUCCUUCUCUUUCUCUUGCCCUUUACUUCCAUUUCAAUAGUUAUUUCAUCAACAUAUUAAUAUAAUCAAUGUCCUUUGUCAUCACAUGUUCACACUGUCAUGCCAUCUAUUAUUUAUUU